UUAGUAAAGUGUGAACGAUUUAAAAGAGAUCGGCGGGUGGUGAGUUAAUUAGCGGAAACCGAAUCAGCAAACCCAUAGAAUACACAAACUCCAUUCCAUCCGUGAGCCACCUUCCACUCACCUGCGGCUUCAUCGGAGCUAGGGUUUCUUCACUGGAGCCUCUCCGGCGCCUGAGAGGCUUUUUCAAUCUGAAUUUUCCAUUUGCAUUCCAAAUUCGACUUGUUUGCCUAACCUUGUGAGUUCCCGCGGUUAUUAUUGCUCAACUAUGUACAGUGGUUCCAGUGAUGGCGAAGGCCACGACCCCCCGCAACGGAAGAUCCCGCCAGCUUCGUCUAUGCUGUGGGUCAGGAACCUCCGUAGAUUCAUCGGAACUGGUACCGGCCUGGGAUCUGAAGCUUUGAUGGAGCUUGAGACAAAAAAAAUUCUACUUGAUAUUUUCAAAGAGAAGCAACGGAGAACUGCUGAAGCUGGUACAAUCCCAAGUUUUUAUAAGAAGAAACCUGAGGAAGGAUCCAUCAGCCACAGGGUUCAGAGACUUGCCAAGUAUAGAUUCCUGAGGAAACAAUCAGAUCUUCUGUUAAAUGCCGAUGAUCUAGAUGCCAUGUGGGUUUGCCUGAGGGAGAACUGUGUGAUAGAUGAUGCAACGGGUGCAGAAAAGAUGAACUAUGAAGAUUUUUGCCACAUUGCUUCAGUAUGUGCCGAGCAAAUAGGACCUAAAUGCCGGCGAUUUUUCAGUCCCUCUAAUUUCAUGAAGUUUGAGAAAGACGAGUCUGGAAGAAUUGCAAUCCUUCCCUUCUACCUUUAUGUGAUGAGAACGGUCUCACUGACUCAAGCCAGAAUUGAUAUGAGUGAACUUGAUGAGGAUUCUGAUGGUUUCCUUCAACCUCAUGAAAUGGAGGGCUAUAUCAGAGGUCUUAUUCCAAAUUUGGCUCAACUUCGAGAUAUUCCUGCAUCUUUUGUGCAAACUUAUUGUCGUAUAGCCGCUCGCAAAUUCUUCUUCUUUUGUGAUCCUGCAAGAAGAGGAAAAGCCUGCAUAAAGAAAGUGCUGCUCAGUAAUUGUCUGCAGGAAUUAAUGGAACUGCACCAGGAAAGUGAGGAAGAAGUUACCGAUACUGAACAAGCAGAGAACUGGUUCUCCCUAACAUCUGCUCAACGCAUUUGUGAUAUGUUUUUGGCCCUUGAUAAAGAUAUGAAUGGAACAUUAAGCAAGCAAGAGCUUCGAGAAUAUGCUGAUGGGACUUUGACUGAAAUUUUCAUUGAAAGAGUAUUUGAUGAGCAUGUUCGUCGAAGCAAAGGUGGAGGAAACACAAGGGAGAUGGACUUUGAUAGUUUUCUGGACUUUGUCCUUGCCCUUGAAAACAAAGAUACUCCGGAAGGGUUGACAUAUUUAUUUCGGUGUCUUGAUCUUCAUGGGAGAGGUUACCUUACAACAGUGGAUAUUCAUACUCUUUUCAGAGAUGUACAUCAGAAAUGGAUUGAGGGUGGAAACUACGAGUUGUGCAUCGAAGACGUUAGAGAUGAGAUAUGGGACAUGGUUAAGCCAGUUGACCCUCUUAAAAUCACUUCAACUGAUCUACUGAACUGCAAGCAAGGUGGCACUGUUGCAAGCAUGCUAAUUGAUGUUCGUGGUUUUUGGGCUCAUGAUAACAGAGAAAACCUUCUCCAAGAAGAAGAAGAGCCAGAGGAAGAGUGAAUGACUAAAAAACCCUUUGCCUCUCUGCUAACCUGGAAAUCUCCUCUUUAAGUUUGGGAUUUACAACAUGAAUCAUCAAGUUGAUCCGUUCGAACUUCUUUUUAAAGUAAAAGUAGAUAACUGCUUUAAUGUAUUGUAUCAUGUUUGAGGUACAUAUACUUAAUUUUAACAUGCUGUUCUGAUUCUGACUGUUUUUAUAGUUGUCUUGACUCUUUAGAUGUGAAAACAGAGCCAAAAUAUUGGGUGUAAAUCAAUGUAUACGGCACAACUGCGCCUUUCUUCAUGGAGAAACACCAAGAUUAUUAUUAUAAAGCCAUUUCGAAUCACAAAGGUGAUCUCA